ACUGGAGCGGAAUGACAUGCAGCCAUAUUUGACUGUAUUCAUCAAGCCCUUCCCCCCUUCAGCAUCUUCAGCAGGACAGUAAACUGGAGCGGGACAACGGAUGCCAAUCGAAAGGAGACUUUACCGAAGAUGGCCUCGCCAAGAACCGUAACAAUUGUCGCCCUUUCCUUUGCACUGGGUCUGUUCUUUGUGUUCAUGGGUACAAUUAAACUCACACCGAGGUUAAGCAAAGAUGCAUAUAGUGAAAUGAAAAAGGCGUACAAGAGUUAUGCAAAGGCCCUUCCGGCAUUGAAAAAAAUCGGCAUUUCUUCUGUACUUCUACGCAAGAUUAUUGGUACUCUUGAGGUGGGAUGUGGAAUUGUUCUGACCCUUGUGCCAGGGAGACCAAAAGACUUGGCCAACUUUAUUCUGCUACUGGUUAUGCUAGCAGUGCUUUUCUUCCACCAGCUGGUUGGGGAUCCUCUAAAACGCUAUGCUCAUGCCCUAGUGUUUGGUAUUUUGCUGACGUGUCGGCUGCUCAUUGCUCGUCAGGGUGAGGACCGGCCUGAGAGGGAGGAGAGACGAGAAGAACAGAUCACUGCCCAGGAAAAGAACAAAGUCAAAGUUUCUUAGCUCCACAAUUUCAGAAAGAGCGCCUGACAGACGAUCUGUUUCUCUGGAUAGUAGAGAAGGUGCUCAGAAAAAAAGACAGUAGUCCCAAAAGGUGAUUUAUGUCCCACAGCUACAUAUCAGAAGCCUGAAAACCAGAUCUUGUGUUACCUUUACCUCACGUCUCACCUGUAAAACUUCUAAUAUAUAUAUAUAUAUAUAUAUAUAUAUAUAUAUAUAUAUAUAUAUAUAUAUAUAUAUAUAUAUAUAUAUAUAUAUAUAAAUAAAUACAAAUUUUCAGUUUGGACGAUCACCAUUGUGGCAACUGUUUUGGUUGUGGUUGUGCACCAAAAGAUUAAACUACUGUAAUUCCAUGUUGUAUUUAUUGUUAUUAUUAUUUUGGCCCUGCAUUAAAAUAUAUAUAAAAUGUCACUUUUAAGAUUAUACUGUGAUACAGGUUUCUUCAAAUGUCAACAGUUUUUAUAAUUUUUUUUUUAACUUUUUGAACUAAUCAAUGAAUACUAUAUAAAUCCAGUUCUGUUUACAUUGAGAUGCUUUACAUCUUUUGUUUAAAUGUUCAAGUCAGAUGGCAGACAGUAGCUUUUCUGUUGCUUUCAUAUCUGUUACAACCAUCAAAACUGAAAACAGCACAGUUUGUUUAGGUACAUGUACGUUCUGCAUGUUAUUAUUCUUUUUUAAUUUGCAUAUAAUAGUAUUUCUUUGUUCAAAUAUUUCAUUUGAUCAAAAUAUAUUUUCUAGGUUGUCUCUCCAAAAACAGUCAAAUAAAAAUCAUAUCCUAGGAUUCUUCUUAUGGUCGCUUUCUCCUUUUGAUUCAUAGAACUACCACAUUGUUUUAUUACUAAAAUAGAUUUUUUUUUUUUUUUUUAUCGACUGUAUUUUCUUUAGAUAAAUUUGUUCCUUUAUACUAUUACAUUUGUAAGCCCAGCACUGCUCAUUUGAGGUGUCUUACUAAUUUUACAUACUAAAUGCAGCUUAUGCAUCACUACUGAAAGAGAUGAAUCGGGUGUUUCAAAUAAGUGACACAUUCUAAAUGCACAGUACUGGAAGGAGUAGAAUUGAGAAACUUGUCUUGAAAUGUUUGGAUAUAUACUGAUAAUUAAAAAAAAUACCUAACGGAGAACAUGACCUGUGUCUAAACUUUUACCAGAGUGCCCAGCUAGCUCAUGAACUGAAUUGUGCAUUCAUUUACACAGAAUACAUCAUAUUUGACUGAGGGAAAAAAACAAAACUGAUGUUUGUGCAUGAAGAUGCUGACAAUAAAACCGCUAUGCAGUUUAUCAUGCAGUUUGGUGAUAGUAUUAAAAACACUUGUGAUUUUUA